GCCAUGGCUCUCCCUUGGUUGCAGCGCGUCGAGCUCGUGUUCUUUGCUACCGCCUUCGUGUGCGGAGCCGUGGCGGCCGCGGCACUGACUCGGACCCAGGUGGGGCUGCGGGGCGGGGCCGGGAUUUCUGCACGAGGGGAGACCAGAACUUGUGAGGCAACUCUGAAGCUCUUUGUAUUUCAUAACUACCGCCUAUUUCCUGAUCCUUCUGGCCACUCACUGCAGGGCUCCUUCAGGGGCAGCUGUCCCCUGUAUGGUGUGGCUGCCCUGAAUGGCUCCUCCCUGGCCUUGUCCCGACCCUCGGCCCCAUCUCUCUGCUACUUUGUGGCUGGGGCCUCUGGCCUGCUGGCCCUCUACUGUCUCCUGCUUCUGCUCUUCUGGGUCUACAGCAGCUGCAUCGAGGAUUCCCACAGAGGCCCGAUAGGGCUCCGCAUUGCACUGGCCAUCUCAGCUAUAGCCAUCUUCCUGGUCUUAGUGUCUGCCUGCAUCCUUCGAUUUGGCACCAGUUCCCUCUGCAAAUCCAUCAUCUCCCUGAACAUAACUAGCUGCUCUGAUGCCCAGAAAACUCCAUGGAUACCCCCUGGAACCGCUCUGCAGUUUUACUCCAACCUACACAAUGCUGAAACCUCUUCUUGGGUGAAUCUGGUAUUGUGGUGCGUGGUCUUGGUGCUCCAGGUCGUGCAGUGGAAGUCUGAAGCCACCCCAUACCGGCCUCUGGAGAGGGGGGACCCUGUGUGGAGCUCUGAGACAGAUGCUCUUGUUGGGCCACGCCUUUCCCAUUCCUGAAGACUAACCAAAGAGUACUCCUGCCGCCAGACUCCGUGCCCAAGUGCCUGCAGUCCUCUUGCCCCCACAUGGCCCACACGGCUGGGAGCCUGAGUUUUCCCUCCAGGAGGGAAACAUGAUUAACAGACCCCCUCUUCCUACAGCUGUUUUUGUACCAAAGUAUUAUAUUACUUUCUUUCUUCA